GCCGGACGGGGCCCGGAACGGCGGAGCGCGGCCGCUGGGGCGGGGCGGGCGGUGGGCCGCUGCCCCUGCCCCGGAAGUGCUCGUCUUCCCGGAAGUCGCGCUUCCAGGAGCUCGGUCUCUUUCCGCCGCCAUCUUGGGCCCUACUCCCCGCACAAAAUGCCCGGCGAAGCUACAGAAACCGUCCCGGCCACGGAGCAGGAGCUGCCGCAGCCGCAGGCUGAGACAGCUCCAGCUGCCCUUCCUCCCGCAGCCCCUGUUGCAGCGCCAGCUGUUCUUCAUGCUGCUCAUUCCCCACCUCUGACUCCAUCUCCGGGCCCAGCUGGCCAGGCCCUCCCAGCGGAGCCGCCCAGCCCUGCUGCAGCUCUGCCUGCCCCUGCUGGCCCCCGGGCCCCCGUUUCCCCUGCUGUGGUCCCAGCUGCAGCGAUCCCUGUGUUUUCUGUUCCCCCCCAGCUCCCUGCCCCAGCUCUGCAGGUCCCAGUUACCACUUCCCCUCCUCCAGCUCCGCAGUCCCCAAUGGAUUUUGCAGCCCCAGGAUCUCCAGGGCCUGCCCCAGUUAGCCCAGUGUCUCCAGGACCCCCGGCCCCAGUGUCUCCUGCUCUGGCUGCUGCUCCUACUGCAGUGACAGUGGCCCCCUUCGCCCCCACUGUGAGCCCUGGUUCUCCCCCUGCAGCUCUUGCCUCUCCUGUGAAAGCUGCCCCCCCUGCUGCCCCUCUGAGCCCCACAGGAGCUGGAGCCCAGGCUCCUCUCCCUGUCCCCAUGGCAGCCUCGCCAGCCCCUGCUCCUUCCCAGGGCACUGGGGCAGCCCCGGCUGCUCUCCCACCCCCACCUUCCCUUCCCCUUAUGGCAUCUCUCCCGGCAGCAGCCCCCACUCUCCUGCCUUCUUCUGCUGUGCCUCCUGAGGCAGCUUGUCCACAGAGCCCAGGCUCGCCCCCUCUUCCCGCAGCAGCCCCUCUCUGUCCUGCUGUGGCACCAGCAGCGGCCACCCCGGCAGUACCAGUGUCUCCUGGCAGCCCUGCCUCCGCUCUGCUGGCUUCUGCUUUGGCCUCUCCCCAAGCCCCAGCCCCCAACUCUUUCCUGCCCCCGCUUGCUCCUCCCCAGUGCCCGGCCCUGGCCAGUGCCAUCUCUCCACCUGUCUUCCUGGCUGCCCCCAUGGCCCUGGCCCCGUUGUCACCCCCUGCCCCUUUGCUGCCAGCUGGGAUGUCUCCUGGGAGUCCUGCUUCUGCCCCACAGGGCCUAGCCCCUGGUGCUCCAGUCCCUCCACUGAUUCCCGUUGCUCCUUCUGUUGCCAAGACCUGUCCCACGGGCCAUGCCCCGGUGGCCCCAGCAGCCCCAGCUGUUGCCCCUGUCACCCCUGCGGUUCCAGCUGCAGGAGACCCAGUCCCUCCCUCCAUGGCCGGGACACCUGGGAGCCCAGACCUUUGGGUAGCGCCUGCCACUGCAGCAGCUCCCAUCGCUCCUGCCCUGUCCAAACCCUCUCCGGGAGCUGCCACGUCUCCCCCAGGGCCGCCGACAGCAGCAUCUCCCAGUGCUGUACCAGCAGUGGCCACAGCUGCUCUGGCUAAAGCAGCUCCAGCGAGGCCUGUCUCCCCUCUGGCAGCUCCUGUGCCUGCUGCCCCCCUCAGCCCCUGCCAGCUCCCCGCCUGUCACACUGGCGGUGCCAGCUCCAGCCACCACUACUGCAGCCAAAGUGGCUCCCCUGAGCCCAGUUGCUGUCCCCUCUGCCCCUGCCGCACUGGCGAUGGCAGCUCCACCAGCUCCAGCUGCCCCUCCUGCAGCCAAAGCGGCUCCCGUGAGCCCAGUCGCUGCCCCAUCUGCUCCCUCUGCCCCUGCUGCACCAGCUCCUGCAGCUCCACCAGCUCCGGCUGCCCCUCCUGUAGCCAAAGCAGCACUAGUGAGCCCAGUCACUGCUGCAUCCACCCCCUCGGCCCCUGCCAGCUCCCCGCCUGUCACACCGGCGGUGUCAGCUCCAGCCACCACUACUGCAGCCAAAGUGGCUCCCCUGAGCCUGGUUGCUGCCCCUGCUGCACCAGCUCCUGCAGUUCCACCAGCUCUGGCUACCCCUCCUGUAGCCAAAGCAGCACCUGUGAGCCCAGUCACUGCUGAAUCCACCCCCUCAGCCCCUGCCAGCUCCCCGCCUGUCACAUCAGCGGUGAUGACUCCAGCCCCCACUAGUGCGGCCAAAGGGGCUCCCCUGAGCCCAGUCGCUGUCCCCUCUGCCCCUGCUGCACC